UGAGACUCCGCUGCUACACCCGCUGCCUCCGAGUUCUGUUAUGGCGGCGUCCAGGUCUCCACCUAGGGUAAAAGGAAGGGAUGCUAGGGUUUUUGUCGGCGCGACAAGCGGGUUUGGAGGACCCUCUUCGCCUGCGGAGAGCGGAGUCCACACGGAGAGUUUUGGGACUGGAGUUAAACAAGGACAGAGAUGUUGAAAGGAUCCAUGGCAGUGGAGUUAACACCCUUGACAUUGAACCUGUUGAAGGGAGAUACAUGUUAUCAGGUGGUUCAGAUGGUGUGAUUGUGCUUUAUGAUCUUGAGAACGCCAGCAGACAACCUUAUUACACAUGUAAAGCAGUGUGUUCCGUUGGCAGAAACCACCCUGAUGUUCACAAAUACAGUGUGGAGACUGUACAGUGGUAUCCUCAUGACACUGGCAUGUUCACAUCAAGUUCAUUUGAUAAAACUCUGAAAGUGUGGGAUACAAAUACCUUACAAACUGCAGAUGUAUUUAAUUUUGAAGAAACAGUUUAUAGUCAUCAUAUGUCUCCAGUUGCCACCAAGCACUGUUUAGUAGCAGUUGGUACUAAAGGGCCCAAAGUACAACUUUGUGACUUAAAGUCUGGAUCCUGUUCCCACAUUCUCCAGGGUCACAGACAAGAAAUAUUGGCAGUCUCCUGGUCACCACGCUAUGAAUAUAUCUUGGCAACUGCAAGUGCUGACAGUAAAGCAAAAUUAUGGGAUGUGAGAAGAGCAUCAGGAUGUUUGAUUACGCUUGAUCAGCAUAAUGGGAAAAAGUCACAAGCAGUUGAAUCAGCAAACACUGCUCAUAAUGGGAAGGUUAAUGGCUUAUGUUUUACAAGUGAUGGGCUUCACCUCCUCACUGUUGGUACAGAUAAUCGAAUGAGGCUCUGGAAUAGUUCCAAUGGAGAAAACACACUAGUGAACUAUGGAAAAGUUCAUAAUGACAGUAGAAAAGGAUUGAAAUUCACUGUCUCCUGUGGCUGCAGUACAGAAUUUGUUUUUGUACCAUAUGGUAGCACCAUUGCUGUUUAUACAAUUUACUCAGGAGAACAGAUAACUAUGCUUAAGGGACAUUAUAAAAGUGUUGACUGCUGUGUAUUUCAGUCUAAUUUCCAGGAACUUUAUAGCGGUAGCAGAGACUGCAAUAUUCUUGCUUGGGUACCAUCCUUAUAUGAAUCAGUUCCUGAUAAUGAUGAGGCUACAACCAAAUCACAGUUAAAUCCAGCAUUUGAAGAUGCCUGGAGCAGCAGUGAUGAGGAAGGAUGAAUAUCAAUUCUUAGUACCUUUUUGUCUUUACUGAUGAAACUUUUAAAACAGGACUGUUUUAUUUUUUUAAUUGUCCAGUGACCCUUAAUUUAGCCCUGAAUUGGGGUGAUUUUUUUUCCCUUUUGUUUUAAAAUGAGGUGGCAUGAAAUUCUGAAACAGAGUUCUGUAUAGUUUAUUCAAGCAGAACAUAUCUCCCUGGUCCCAGUUUCUGUGGCCUGCCCCAGCCCCUGUAGCUACAGUACAAGAGACAGGUCAUGGCACCCCCAGUGUAGGAACUUGAGCAUAGUGUGCGAACAAUAAGUUGCAAUCUCAAAGAAUAAGCAAGUAGAGGUUAUCAGCGAUUUCUCCUGCUGACUGUCCCAUCGCCUUGCUUAUUUUCACUUUCAAGGAUGAUUUUACUGUGGAGUAUAACAAAAAUUAUAGCUGAAAAAUUAGCAUCAAAAUGUUUUAUUCUUAUUUAUGUAUUCAGUUUUUGCAGCGAUUUCAUUUGACCAUUGUCUAGCUUUAUGUUAAAUUUUUUUGAACCCAGUACCUUCCACAAUCUAAAAAGUGCAUCAUAGGAGGUUUUUAACUUAGGGAAAUCCCAUGUUUCCUUUAUUUUAAUGUGUUGAAUGGCAGCUUCAACUACUUUUCUAUGAAUCUGGUUAAGAUGUGACCAACUCCUAAUUCAUUCAUCAAAGCAGAAAAUGUUCUGGCAGUGAAUCUGGUUUAAACAUGAAAAUGUCAUAAAAUCUCUGUUUUAUUGUCUCAU